AUGGUCAGAUCGAGAAGGAACGUCGCUACUACUUCAGAAACAAGCCGUCGAGUUACUGACCCUAAUGAUCCCGAUAGGGAACAAGGUGAUCACCCCCGUCAGGAGGAGGUAGAACACCAGGGGGAUGCUACUGACCGAACCAACCGGCAUAACUGGGAAGCCGGACCGUCCCAAGUACCUUGCACUCAGGAACAGUUCCAACAACUCUCUCAUCAGGGUUUCAAAUCAAUGAUGGAGUGUCAGGGGGCAAAUGCCCUCAUAAUGUGUAAGAUCUUCCCAUCAACCCUUUUCGGGCCAGCAAGAACAUGGUUCAAUCAAUUACCAAGACAUAGUAUAACCAGUUUUGGGGACUUGUCCGAGAAACUUGCCCUUCACUUCUUCGCCGCACGAAGGACAUCAAAGACAAGUUUAGACCUGAUGAAUCUAGACCAUGAGCCAGGAGAAUCACUUCGAUCAUUUCUUGCUAGGUUCAACAGAGCAUGCUUGGAGAUCCCAUAUGUCCAAGUAGAGGUAGCUAUUUCGGCCCUAGUAAGAACAGUAACGGAUGAAGCAUAUGUACGUUCAUUGACGAAGAAGCGCCAGAAGAGCAUGGGAGAACUCUACGCUAGGGGGGAUAAAUUCAUGCAGUCUGAGGACAUGAUGAAAAUUUCCCAUUCAUUGCAUAAUAUCCUCCUUGAAGUAAGCCAUAUGGAUAUAUUGAAGUGGCCUAAGAAAAUGAGGGCCCCGACCGAAAAGCGUACUUCGGAUAAGUACUGUCUGUUCCAUAAGGAUCAUGGCCAUGACACUGAAGAAUGUAGGCAUCUCAAGGAUGAGAUUGAAGGUCUCAUUAGGAGAGGCUACCUAAAGCAGUUCACUUCAGAUAGAGAAGAAAAGAGGAGAAGAACCAAGGGUGACGAUAAGGAUGACGACCGAAGAAGACAAAGAAGAAGGGAUAGGUCUCCUCGUCACCAAAGGGAGACUGCUAGAACAAUUGGAGUAAUUGUAGGAGGUUUAGCUACAGGAGGAGAAAGCUCUUCAGCAAGAAGGGCUUAUGCUCGAAUUAAUGAAGAUCCACAUGAUGAUGCCCUAGUAGUAGAAGCAGUCAUCGCCAACUUCACAGUGAAAAAGGUCCUGGUAGAUAAUGGUAGUGCGGCAGAUAUUUUACUUUAUCAUGCCUUCAGAGAAAUGAAGAUCUCAGAAGAUAAAUUGAAGAUUUUUUUGGUUCCUCUAUAUGGAUUCGCUGGGGAAUCCAUAAUACCCAAUGGAGUCAUAUCCUUACCAGUUACUCUAGGAACAUACCCAAGAACAAUUAUGCAUAUGAUCGAUCUUCUUGUGGUAGAUGUUCAAUCUCCCUAUAACGCCAUCAUUGGCAGGCCAUUGUUGCACAAGGUUCGGGCAGUGGUCUCCACUUAUCACCUCAGAAUGAAGUUCCCAGCUUCUAAUGGGGUAGGAGAAGUGAAGAGGGACCAGAGAUUAGCUUGA